CGGGCAGGACGGAGGACGAGCAAACGUAUCGCAGCAGUCGCUGAUAGUACGGCUCGCAGUCCGUGCGUGGUCCGUGUGCGAGAGACGCGGUGGCCGCAGUCCGGUCGGGGAGGAGGACGGCCAGGGCCAGGACCAGCGUGGCCGCAGCAUCAGCGAACUCCUGCCUGACUUCUGCGACUGCUCCCCGAAAGCUGGCAGCUCCUCCAUUAUCGUUGCCAUCUGCUUGCAGACAAAAACGUACUCAGCAACGAUUUAUGCCAUGUGGUGGAACGCGUCCAAUGUUAUAACCAAUAUUCCUGAAUGUUUGGCCUUAUUUUUUAUUAUAUUUUGGUUAGGAAUUAGAACAAUGCACUUCAUGGCUGUUGUUUAUGCAAAGUAUCGUCUUCAUAGAAGAGUUGAGAAGACAUGUCCAGAAACUCCUCUUCCUGGUAUAUCCAUUUUGAAACCACUCACUGGCUGCGACCCCAAUCUUUACAGUAACCUUGAGACAUUCUUUGUUAUGAAUUAUCCCACAUACGAACUUCUAUUUUGCAUCGAAAACGAGCUCGAUGAUGCUGUUCCCAUUGUGCGACAACUUAUUGAAAAAUACAAGCAUGUUAAUGCUUCUUUGUUUAUAGGUGGAGAGCAAGUGGGCAUUAAUCCUAAAAUAAACAACAUGCAGACAGGCUAUAGUGCAGCAAAGUAUGAACUAAUAAUGAUUUCUGACGCUGGCAUCCGUUUGAAAGAAGAUACACUCCUUGACAUGGUCCAGCACCUCACAGAAAACACAGGCAUUGUCCACCAAAUGCCCUUCACCUAUGAUCGAGAAGGUUUUGCAGCCACUUACGAAAAAAUUUUCUUUGGUACUAUAAUGGCAAGAAUGUACUUAGUUGCUGAUUUAUUACGUAUAAAUUGUCAUACUGGCAUGUCAACACUCAUGAGAAAGAAACUUUUGGAUGAAGUUGGAGGGCUACGAACGUUUGGUGUAUACUUAGCGGAAGAUUUCUUCAUAGCAAAGAGUAUAACUGAUAGGAAAUGGCGCAUUCGCAUUUCAAGUCAGCCUGCUUUGCAAAAUUCAGGAUUUUGUGAAGUAACUGCAUUUCAGGCCAGAUUAGCAAGAUGGAUAAAGUUACGUUUAGCAAUGGUUCCUCUUACAACAGUCAUUGAGCCAUUGUCUGAAUGUGUCUUACUUGGAGCAGCUACUUCAUGGGCCACUCAUUUUCUCCUGAGAUGGGACCCAUUAGUUUUCUUCAUGGUACACUUAUUAUUAUGGUUUCUGUGUGAUUUCAUUCUCCUUAGUAUAAUUCAGCAUGGAACCCUACCAUUCAGUAAAUUUGAAUUCGUACUAGGGUGGCUAUUUAGAGAGUUCACUGGGCUGCCCUUAUUUCUACACGCUGUGAAAGACCCUCAAAUACAGUGGAGAUCUCGUUCUUAUCGUCUUCGCUGGGGUGGUGUGGCUGAAGAUUUUACAAAAAAGGUGUGAUACUAUUGAUAUGUGUAACAAGGUUGUCUUAACUUUAACUAUAAUGUGGUCAAUGUGAUUUGAUGCCAAGUGUACUGUAUCUUUUGGGUCCAACUAUGUGCUGAUAAAUUCGUAAGACAUUUUUUAAAUGCCAAGAAGUUUGCUGGUGUUCAGAACUUAAGUUUUAUUGGUAUUGUGAUUAAGUGCCAAUAUGGUAGGGUGUGUUGUGUAUCACUUUAUUUUUAGAAACACCUUUACCUUAUUUUUUAUUUGAAUCUGAGAUGCACCACAUUUAAUGGAUGUGUAUGAGAUUUAAAUAAAAAUAGCAAUCGAUUUCCACUGCCUUUAUGUAAGAGUGGCAUAUGGAAUUAUUCACUGUAGCAGAAAUGUUGAUAAGUCAUUCCUAUUUAGUUCUUAAGUUCAUGUUCACUGUUGAUCACAUCUCACCCUUUGCACUUCUUCCAAUUUAUCCCUGCAGUGAACAUGUUAAUAGCACCUACUUACUAGUCCAUCUCUCUGUAAAAUUAGGUCAGUGAUAAUUUUCUAAGUGACUUAUUUGAUUUUUACUGAUUUUUGAGUUGUGAGUGUUACCAAAAAUGACCCUUGGAGCAGACAAAUGUUUGGGAGAUUAUUUUUUGGUCAUUUCACUUGCAAGCAGCAGUAGUUUUUUCAAUUGUAAUUUUCUACCUUUCUCUCUGCAUUGUCUGUGAUUUGUCAUUGUUUAGUCUUUGUGUGUUUGUGUGUAAUUUCUGUCUACAUGUUUUUUUAUGUCUUCAUUUGGUAGUAUUAUUGCACUUUAGGAUUGAAUUUACCAAUUCAUUAUUUAUUUAGUGUAGUGUAAUAAGUGAGUUACUUUUUCAAUUGGUUUGUACUAAGUUUCCUAUUAGGUAUUAUAUUUUGUAUUUGAAAACCUUAAUGUUUGUCACAAGCAACACACGUUGGUUCCCAAGUGUUUUUUUUUUGUUUUCCUUUUGAUAUUGCUUUUAUGAUCUAUGAAUCUCAAAGUUUUACAGUAAUUUUUCUGUAACCUUCCUGUUUUCUGUUCAUGAAGUGCCUUCAUUGACCAAAAGUAUUACCGUAUAUGAGGUUUAAAGAUGCUUCAAUGUAUUGAUCCUUCAUAGUAAUUUGGCUUAAUUGCUUUCUUUCUUGCACCACUUUUCUCUCAAUUUGGUAAAACUUCAACACCAACUGUUAAUACCGGGGAUUGAAUGACCAACCUUCUGUAGAGUGUCAAUUUGCCUAAUUAGUUGUAUUUAAAUAUCUAAUACAAUUAUUUUCAAAUGAUAA